GACGGGUCAGGGGGAGAGGGCAAGAACUAGAUCUGGGUGGGAUUAGUUGUCCAAACCACACAUCAUGAGCAAACUACCUCGCAGGCCAGGUAUCAAAAGACGUCAGAACUCCAAGAAGAGGAGAGGAAAGUCAACAAUCAAUAGUGGCUCAUGAUUGCGCGGCGGAGUAAGCGUCGGCGAAACCCAAAAGCGGCGGACGUCACGCGCCAAUCACGUGUGGCAGUCACACUUUCUCCGCAAUCGGGAUUCCCGAUGCGGCCUGUCACGAUAAAUGAUCUUCGCCUAGCUUGGAGUCUGUUAUUGCUGCAUUCCUACCGAGUGAACAUGCGAAGGAGUUCAAGUUCAGUUCAAAUAGAAAGGUUAUCAAUUGCGCAACUAUCUUACUAUUCGUUUACAUUCGUGGCUAUGUCAAACAAGCAUGACUAAAUGAAGCGUCAAUUGAGUAAAUAGGUAUCAUAUCUAUCUAACAUUCAUCGUUAUAUGAU